UCCCGUCGGACCCGCUCAGGAAGCUCGUCCCAGCUGUGACCUGCUCCGAGUUUCCUCAGUAACAUGGAGUCGUAGCGGAGCAGAGGAACCAUGAUCAACUUCAAGCUGCUGCAGAAGAACAAGACGGUCAGAUAUGGAGUCCCGAUGCUCCUGCUGAUAGUUGGAGGUUCCUUUGGCCUGCGAGAGUUCACACAACUGAGAUAUGAUUCCCAGAGGAUCAAGGGAAAGCUGGAUCCUUCACUGGAGGCUAAAGUCAACCUGGAGAAGCAGCCGGUGAUGCUGGAGGAGCAGUACGAGAGGAUAAAGGAGAAGGAUUUGGACGGGUGGAGGAACAUCCGUGGUCCUCGUCCCUGGGAGGACUCGAGGGACUAUCAGGAGCAGCAGCGAAUCCAGCAGAACAAACAGGACUGAGGCUCCGCGAGGCCCCGGCAGCGCCGACUGCAAACUGAAAACAGGCCACAGCCGGACGGACCAGACAAGAAUGGACGCCGUCUGUGGC